UGCUCCAAAUGCAGAUACUCAUCCACUGAGUAAAGCAUUGGGAGAGAAGAUUGGUGGUUUUGUGGAACAGUACAUAGAUGCAAUGGAGAAGGUGAAACUAAAGCAAGGCUUGAAGAUUGCUAUGACCAUAUCUGGAGUAGGAAAUGCUUAUCUGCAAGAAAGCCAGUUCUGGAAGCUCUACAGGGAGGAUCGACCUUCUUGUUCCGUGGUCAUGAAAACUUCUCUCGGAUUAGUGUGCUUAAGCAGCUCGAUUUGCCACUUGAAACGCAAUUUUCGCUCUCUGAUGAAAAGAGUGACGAACGCCACGCCAUUGUUUAGAGAAAUGAGAGAUGAAGAAGUGGAGCUAUUCAGACAGAGGUUUGCUGGAAGUCAAGCAGAUAGGCUUGCUAGGGCAGAAGGAGAAACCAAAAAAUUAUCUCAAAAACUCAACGAGACUAAGAUUUGA